AUGGUUUAUUUAAAAAACAUUUUAAUUUUUUUAAUAAUUUUUUUAAUUAAUCCAUUGGUAAAAAAAAAUAAAAAAAGCACUAAAGAAAAUGAUUUAAAAGGGCCAAUAGCCUUACCAAUUAUUGGUAAUUUAUUUGGUUUAAGAAAUGACACAUAUUCAAUUAUGGACUUUUAUCAUAAAAUGUAUGGUGGAAUUUAUAGAUUAUGGUUUGGUGAUUAUUUUGUUGUUUCUUUAAAUGAUCCAGAAAUAAUUAGAGAAAUAUUUAUUAAAAAUUAUUCAAAUUUUUCAUCUCGUCCAUUUUUACCAACAAUAACAUUUGGAUCAUUUAAUUAUAGAGGAAUUUCAGGAUCAAAUGGUGAUUAUUGGAAAAGAAAUAGAAAUUUACUUUUAAAUGCAAUGAAAAAAUCAAAUUUAAAACAAACAUAUGAUAAUUUAAGUGAUUCUGUUAAUUCUUUAAUUAAUUUAAUGAAAGAAUUUCAAUCUUCAAAUGAAAGUUUUCAACCUGAUAUGUAUUUAAGAAAGUAUGCAUUAACAACUAUGUUUAAAUAUGUAUUUAAUGAAACUGUAUCAUUUGAAAAUAAAAUUGUACAAGGUGAAGAAGCUGAAUUAAUUGAUAAUAUAAAUGAAGCAUUUAAUUUUAUGACACUUGGUAAUGCAGGUGAUUUCUUUAAAAUUUUGCAACCAUUAUAUUACCAAUAUCUUUUAUAUAGAGGUGGCUGUUUCAAUAGAAUUAGAACAUUAAUAAGAAAUAGAUAUAUUGAACAUCGUAAAACCAUAGACAUUGAAAACCCAAGAGACUUAUUAGACUUGUUAAUCAUUGAAUAUGGUGACCAUUCUGACGAGAAUAUGAUUUCAAUCGUUCAAGUUUGUUUUGACGUAAUCUUGGCCGGUGUUGAUACAUUGGCAAGUUCAUUAGAAUGGUUCUUGGUAAUGUUAUGCAAUAAUCAACAAAUUCAAGACACUGUUUAUAAUGAAUUGAAAGAGACUGUUGUUGGACCAGUGGUAACAUUAAAUGAUAGACCAUCAACACCAUAUACAAUGGCAUGUAUUAAAGAAACCAUAAGAUUAAAAGCACCUGCUCCAUUUGGUUUACCUCAUACAACUGAUCAAGAUAUAAUCGUUAAGGGUCACUUUAUUCCAAAAGAUUCAAUGGUACUUAUAAACUUUUAUUCAUUAGGUAGAAAUCCAAAAGAUUUCCCUGACCCUCUUAAAUUUGAUCCAAAUAGAUUCAUUGGUUCUACACCUGAUUCCUUUAUGCCUUUUGGUACUGGUCCUAGAAAUUGCAUUGGUCAAGCAUUAGGUAUGGAUCAAAUUUAUUUACUUCUUUCAAAUAUUUUCCUUAAUUUUAAAAUUACUUCUGAAAAUGGUAAAAAACUUGAUGAUACUGAUUAUGUUUCAGGAUUAAAUCUCAAACCAGCAAAAUAUAAAGUUUGUCUUGAAAAAAGAUAA